AUGGCAACAUUGUCCGCUGGGGCCAACAAGCUAUCUUUCCGUACUCCUCAAGCCAUCCAAGAUAUCUAUGGAGACCGGAAAGCGAACAUGAUCAAGGGUGGAGGCAUCAUCGGUCUGGCGGAGCAGAUGUACCCAGAUCCCAGCACUCAUGCGACGUCCAACAGAGAGGUUCAUGCCGGCCGGCGCCGGAUCUUGUCGCAAUGUUUCUCCGAGAGUGCUUUGAAAGGUCAGGAACCGUAUGUCUUGCAGACUGUGCAAAGAUUAAUCAGCCUUCUCGCGACUCCGAGUGACACCAAUAGCGACAACGAGGAACAAGGCUGGAGCGCCCCAGUCGAUAUGGCGACCUACUCUGGAAACUUUGCCUUGGACGUUCUUGGAGAGCUUUGCUUCGGCAAAUCCUUCGAGGCUCUAGGUCAUAGCAGACAUUUCGCCCUCAGUGCCAUGACCGAAGCGUCCCAGAAGGCGUUGGCGCUGGGUGCUAUUCCCAACAUUGAGUUGCUGGUUCCGCUCCUACGACAACAUUGGUUACUAGAAAAACUGCCUGCGGAAGACCUCAAAAAAGGACUCGCGUACCGCAAGAUGAUCAUCACUCUACUAAAAGCCCGAGUUGAGCUGGAAAAGUCUAACAAGCAUAAACCGCGUAAGGACUUCAUGCACUACCUCAUGGCUGCCGUCGAUCCCGCCACUGGGGACAAAUACAGUGAGGGCGACCUCAUCUCCGAAUCAGGCGUCGUCCUCACUGCCGGCACAGACACCACGGCGACCGCACUCGCCGCGACCAUCUUCUACCUCACACGAUACCCACACGCCUUGAAGAAGCUGCAAUCCGAAGUCCGUGGCGCUUUUGGCAACAUCAACGAGAUUAGACACGGUCCGGAGCUGACCAGCCUCAUCUACCUGCGUGCCGUCAUCGACGAAUCGCUCCGUAUGUCCAGCCCUGUACCGGACGUUCUCUCGCGACGCGUCCUACCCGGUGGUGCGAAGAUCGACGGCCAGGACAUUCCUGCAGGAACUUUCGUCGGCAUGUCAAUGUACUCAGUGCACCACAACGAGGACUAUUAUCCCCACAGCUUCGAAUUCCUCCCCGAACGCUGGAUCGUGCCUUCCAACAACGAUAGCCCUGAGACCACGUCAUUUCCAUUCACAGUGACACAAGAGACAAUCGAGCGCGCCAAAUCCGCCUUCUUCGCUUUCAGCACAGGCAUACGCGGUUGCGUGGGCAAGAAUAUGGCGUAUCUGGAGCUGUCGGUGUGUCUAGCGAGGUUGGUCUGGGCGCUAGAUUUCAAGAUUCCCGAUGACGCAGAGUUGGCUAAGGUUGGUGGGGGUGGUGUUCACCGCGGUGCUGAUGGCGAAAUUGUGAAGGGAAGGCACAGGGAGAAGGAGUACCAGACUUGGAACUACUUUGUAGCGGAUACAGAGGGUCCCUAUGUGCAGUUCCGGGUCAGGGAGGGUGUGGAUUUGAGUGCGGCUUGA